AUUCAACUGAUGCUUUCACACUCGCCACACACCACUGUUCUGUACAUUUCUCUGAAUGGCUCCAACAAUGCGGCAGCUCAACAGUCCAGUCAUGUACUGUGUGAACUGCCAGGACACACUGAGCACACAAUGCCUGAUGAUCGAUACACACCGGAAACAUCGCUGGGUCACCCUGAAGGAUGCUGAGGCGGAACAGCUGGAGAACAUUAAAGGCCGCUUUGAGAAACUGGUAUCUAAAGCGAGGAAUGGUGAUAUUGAACUUCAGGGGUCAGCAGCUAAACAGAAAUUAGAGGAUGUGUACAAAAAAGCCAGAGAAUCGAUACUCGGUCACUAUGAAAAGCUAUGGGAGAUGCUGGAGAACAACCAAAAGCAUGCUCGUUUUUUAGUGGAGGCUGAGAGAGAAACUCAACUACUGAAUCUAAAUCAGCUUGAGGAGGAUGCUGAAAACUACCUGAGCAAAACAGACGAAAUGAUGAAGAACAUUCAGGCGCUUAAAAAGCAAAAGAAAACCAGAAACACCAUCGAUCAACUGGCGAAACUCAAGGCAUUGGAAAUAAAUAUGGAGACGACAGAGGUGCUCUUCUCUUCUAUGAAAGAAAAGCUAUUUGAUGAUGCGAGGCUGAGAGCUCUGGAAAGCUCAGUCAAAAAUAUUGUCCUAAAGAGUAAGGAGCUUUUGCCACGGCCCUGGGAAUUUUCAGAGAACAUCACCUUCAAUAAAAACAGAACAGCCGAAGAGCUGGAGGUCUCAGAAGACGCAUCCCAGAUUCUCCUCAGGUGUUUCUCUGCACAACAGUUGAAGAAAUACAAAUCGCCAUGGUUCAGUGCAGUGGCGGAUCAGAGCUUCAGUACCGGUCAGCACUACUGGGAGGUGGAGGUGAAGGGCAGCCAGAGCUGGGCUGUGGGUGUAGUGGAGCAGAGCUGGAAGGAGAAGGGAGUAAAGCAGCUGAACCAUUGUCUGGGAACAGACCGGGUCUCCUGGGCCUUACAGUCUCUUGAAGGAGAGCUGACAGCUUUGCACAAGGAUGAGUCCAGCCAGGUCAAAGACUGCAGCGUGCACAGGCUGGGAGUGUACAUCGACUUCAGUAAAGGUAAAGGCCAAAUGAAGAUCUACAAUGUCUCCACAGGCCUCAUGCUGCACUCUUUCUCUGCUCCCUUCAAAAAGCCUGUAUGUCCAGCUUUUAGCCUCAGAGCCACAACCAGCAGCACCGCUCAGCUCAAGCUCUGCAGGAUCACGCAAGAUAACCAGCAGUACCCACAACAAGAAGCUCAAAUGAGUGUCUGUAGCAGGACUGGUGGAGGGUCACACUCUGGAGCUUACGCAGAAUCUGGAGAACCCUCCGAGCAGAGCCGAUAGCAAAAUUUAAGCCUCUCAUUCUUACUGAUUCCCACACUGUAAAAAUCUAGUGCUAAUUAACACUACAUAAUAUAGUGCAAUCUAUUGUUAAACAUUGUUAUAAGCUUGAAUUUAAUUUAAAGUGUGUAUUAUUUAUUUUCUUAAAUUAUUUGUGGUGGUAAAAAUGAAUACAUUUCCUUUAAAA